GCGUCAGCGCUGCAGAGCGUAGACCCACGAGCGACGCUUCCAAGGCAACGCGCGCGUGCGUACGGCGAGAUUUCAGCACCACCUCCGCCGUCCAUCGUUUGAUAACGAACCGAUAACGGUGACGGCUACAAAUAACGACAUGUAAUGCGGAGUGGCUCGUGUAAAACGACGAAAGGACAGCGUCACAUAAGAGCGGGAGGCGACAACCAUCACUUGUGAGUGUGUUUGUAUUUGAGGACAGUCAUGCCUCUUGUGAAGAGAACCAUCGAGCCCAGGCAUCUGUGCCGGGGAGCCCUGCCUGACGGAGUGACCAAUGAGCUGGAGUGCGUUACAAACAGCACGCUGGCGGCCAUCAUCAAACAGCUCGGAGGACUGAGUCGACAUGCGGAGGACAUAUUUGGAGAGCUGUUUAAUGAAGCCAACAGCUUCUACAUGCGCAUGAACAGUUUACAAGAGCGCGUCGAUCUGCUGGCGGUGAAGGUCACACAGUUGGACUCCACAGUGGAGGAGGUCUCGCUACAGGACAUCAACAUGCGAAAGGCAUUCAAGAGUUCCACCAUCCAGGACCAACAGGCGGUUACCAGAAACUCUAUUCCUAAUCCUGUCAUGGAGGUGUACCAGCGCUGUGACAAACCACCUCCUCUAAACAUCCUCACACCAUACAGGGAUGACAAAAAAGAUGGGUUAAAAUUUUACACCGAUCCAUCCUACUUCUUUAACCUUUGGAAGGAAAAGAUGCUACAGGCCACAGAAAACAAGAGGAAGGAGAAACGAAGACAGAAGCAAGAACAAAAACAUACGGAAGAUCCCACUCGUGAGGUCAAGAAAGUUCGUAAAGCUCGUAACCGCCGUCAAGAGUGGAACAUGAUGGCGUAUGAUAAGGAGUUCCGUCCGGACACUCGUCUAACACCCUCUCCUUACCACGGCAUGUCCUCUGAGGGCUCACUGUCACCUGAUAGGUCUGGUAUGUCGGAUGAACACUCGUACCCGGCUAGUCCUAACCACCCACAGGACACUGGUGGAGCAGGGGGUGACGGGAAAGACACGGGCCCCGCACAGACUCAGUCACUGGACCGAGCAUAUCGGCCCCCAGCAUCAUCCUCGGCAGCAGCUCGACAGCAUUCUUUGGGUCGUGUGCAGGCACACCACGGACCUCUGCCAGACUCUUCUCUCAACGGACCACGCCCAACAGCUGCCAAAGAAUACAGCGGCCAUCAACUACCUGAGCAUUUUGUCCCACCUGCACCUCCUCCACCCCCACCCCUCAUCCCCUCAUCUCAGACUGCAUUUGACAGCACAUCUGGACCUCCAUCAUUGGCCCCGGGUACCGUUGCUAACCUCACACGGCCUUAUAGCCCAUCUCCUCCUCCUGCACCUUCUUCUGCCUACACCUCCUCCCCUUCACAUCCUGUGAUGGGUGGCCCACCGGUGGCCCCACCUCCUCCUCCUCCGGGCCCCCCCACCCAUGCCCCGUCCCCAGCACGGGUCACACACCCAUCUGGAGAGUCCACUCUACCCAGGAAGGGCCAGGUGCCACUUAUCCCCAUGAGCGAUGCCCGCAGCGAUCUGCUGGCUGCCAUCCGGAGAGGCAUCCAGCUGCGUAAAGUGCAAGAGCAGAGAGAGCAGGAGGCUAAGAAAGAGCCAGUAGGCAACGAUGUGGCCACCAUUCUGUCCCGACGCAUCGCAGUCGAAUACAGCGAAUCAGACGAGGACUCUGAGCCAGAGGAGAACGAAUGGUCCGACUGAGGCAAGGGGGAGACAACCGCGACCGCUCACCAUCAUGAUGCUGCUAUUUCCCAUAACUGCACAUAUACAUCGCUGUCCUCAGAAGUGCAGGGCUACAGCCAGAGUCAGAUGCUAAGGAGGUCACGACAGACACGGAGAAAAAAGUAAUGAGAGUUUGUGCAAUAAAAAGUAUAGUGCAGAAAUAGAUCGAAGAUGGACAAUAUUUGUGUAAGCUACAUAUUUGUGGGUGAAGCACAUGAACUUUCAGAAUACAGAGUAUCUCAUAAUUCCUAUCCCAUAAGAGUUGCUAAGAAAAUAAAGUAUUGUGUGAUUUUGAGUAUAUUUUUGGGAAUACAUAUCUGUCUUUUGUGGUACAUGAGGAUUGUCAGCAGUGGUAGUAGCACUUGUAUUAACUUUGUUAAAGGUCAUAUUGUUACUAAUACAAAUUUAUUUGCCGUAUAUUUGGUUUGUGUAAGAUGCCCUGGGUGCAGUAUGGACAAUCAAAUCCUUGUAGUAAAUAUUAUUAGCUUCAGACUCUCCAUUUUCAAAAAUGUUGUCACUUUGUUCAAUUGUGGACAGUGUUGUGAUGAAUAUUUAUACCCCAGUAUAACAGUGAGUAAAUUUAUUAAUGUUUGAAAUAUUUGCUUUUAUUCUUUAAUGAACAGAUGUGGCCAUUAUUGUUACUGCUUGCAGUUGACUAACAGUGUGUUUGUGUGUGACUAAAUGUGUCUGAUACAGUGAAAGAAAGACA